AAAUUUUAGUAACCAUGGAUGCGUUUAACAAUUGGCGAACCGACAUGAUGAUGGCCAUAUGCCAAGAAUGUUAUGUCGGCCGAUUAUAAUUACAGUGCACUCUCUCUUUUCAAGAAAAAAACGAUUUCAUGCAAUGUGACGGGCGUGGGUGAAAACGAUCGUGCGACGUUUACAAAACCGAUAAGCGACAGAAGCAAUGGUUUUAUUACCUCUACUGUCAAGCUCGUUCAUACCGAUAUGUCUGGGGAAUCUUUCACGCGUGACAUUAAGAAGAAACCUUGUCAGAAACCGAUAUACUCGCACUUUACCGCCGACGAUUUUAACAAAAAUCUUUGAAAGUAAUAAAGGAAAAACUUUCGGGAAAGAUGCGACUUCUGAUUCGAAAGUACAGAAAGCGAUUAAUUUCGUUUCACCGUGCUUGCGAGAAGAACUCUUGUGCAAGAUGUCAGAAUCAGUUAGAGAUGGUACCCAUAAAGUCACUAUUGUCGGUGCUGGAAUGGUUGGCGUUGCUCUCGCCAAUUCACUUCUUUUUCAGCGAAUUACUCCGCAUAUCGCAAUGGUAGAUAUCUUUCCUAAAAAGUUGGAAGGCGAAGGACUUGACUAUAGACAUAGUUCUGUAUUCAUAGAUGAUCCAACGAUCGAGUAUGAUACAGAUUUUUGUGUGACGAGCAAUUCGAAAGUCGUAGCUAUUUGCGCGGGUGUACGAGCAGUAAAGGGUGAAACUCGACUUGACUUGGUGAAAAGAAAUGCAGAAAUAUUAAAAAUUAUAAUACCACCUCUAGUAAAUUACAGUCCAAAUGCGGUGUUUGUUAUCAUCAGCAAUCCAGUGGAUAUCUUGGCAUGGGUUGCCUGGAAAUUAAGCGGACUUCCGGUUCAUCAGGUAUUCGGUAGCGGAACUCAUCUGGAUAGCGCAAGAUUUCGCUGUCUGAUUGCUGAUCGACUAGGCGGAAUAGCGCCGAAAUCGGUCCACGCGCACAUAAUUGGCGAACACGGGGACAGUAUGGUUCCGAUCUGGUCCGGAGUGAACGUUGCGGGAGUGCAGUUCCGCGAUGUUAUUCCGAAUAUCGGCCUGGAGACGGAUGAUGAAAAAUGGUUCGAAAUAUCAAACUAUGUAGUGAAGCUAGGCGCCAUGGUGCGAUGUCUGAAAGGGUACUCAAAUACGGCCAUUGGACUUUCUGCAGCUGACAUCAUAAAAGCCGUAUUACGCAAUUCUCAAGCUAUUAUGCCAGUUUCGACCCAUGUGCAGGGUCAUCACGACGUAUGUCACGAUAUGUUCCUGUCCCUACCUUGCGCAAUUGGCGAAGAUGGCAUCACGCAGAUAGUACGAAUGCACAUGACCGAACACGAGAAAAAGCUGUUCCAGGCUUCAGCGAACGCCGUGUACAAAGUGCAGAAGGACAUCAAAGUCAAGUAAUGUGGCGUGCCUGAAAAGGGAUCGUGCAAACAUGUUCAAUUUCUUGUAAAAAAAAAUACGAGUGUAAUAAAUUAUAUGUAGCUUGUCCCAGCA